AUGUCAUCAUGCGUCAACACCAGUGCCAUCAUUGAUGUGCAAUCCCCGGGCGUCCCUUCUGGCGUCAAGUGGGUCUCAACCGUCUACACAAACGAAACACUCUACGCUCUGCACAAGUGCUGUCCGUCGUCGUUCAUUCACCGGUCUGGCCUCAAUAGCUGCGUCGUCUGGUGCGAGCUGCUCGACGAGUGGUUGGAGGAGUUCAAAGAUGAAUCCAAAGGGUCGUACUUUAGGAACUUAUCAGCGUGUAUGGAUAAUGAGCUGGGCGACGAAUAUUACUCCGGCCUGACCGCCAGUACCCUCUCGGCUGCGACGCCUCGAGUUCACUCGGCCGGAGUGAAGAGCGUCCUUCUUGCGGCCUUGGUAGUCGCUGUUGCUGCCUGUCAGUGA